UAUAUAUGGAUGCAUAUGCAGAAACUGGCAGACUAUGUGGGACUACCUUGUCGCAUAGCUCGAGGCUGCAAGUAUUGUGUUGAAGAUCAUAGAUCCUCAUGCCUUGUCAAAAUUCAAAACGAUAAAUCCACAAGGGAGUAUGUAAUGGAUCUAAUUGGGCAACCAGGAAACAUGUAUAAUCCGGAUUCAUCAAUAAAUGGAGAUAUACUUUCUUCGGUGCCUUCACCAUUUCAAAGCUCUCAUUUGAAAGAAGUUGAACAAGUUUAUGUGGACCGAGCAUCCAUUUCUCAAGUGAAGAGCAUUGAAGGAGGAGGGGGAGUAUGUGAGGAAGAAAGCAGUGUAGUAGAAUCAAAGGAAAUGAGAUGUGUCCCGGUCCCAGUCCCAAUCCCAAUUGAUAGAAACUAUAGAGUUUGUGAGAUGAUUGAAACGCCAAAAGCAGUGGAAUACAGUAGUAGUGAGCAGUUAUCAGAUAUUGAUCAAGGCAAGAGUACAAUUAGAAGCAAUAGUUUUCCUGUGACUGCUCCAAGGUACUUGACCCUUGAGCCAUCUCUUGCAAUGGACUGGCUGGAGAUAGCUUGGGAUGACUUGCAUAUCAAGGAGCGUAUUGGUGCUGGCUCUUUUGGGACAGUGCAUCGAGCAGAGUGACAUGGAUCGGAUGUGGCAGUUAAGGUAUUAACUGUCCAGGACUUCCAAGAUGAUUAGUUGAAGGAGUUUCUGAGGGAGGUUUCAAUUAUGAAACGAGUGCGGCAUCCGAAUGUGGUUCUGUUCAUGGGUGCAGUGACUGUUCGCCCACAUUUUUCAAUAGUGACAGAGUACUUACCUAGGGGUAGUCUAUUUCGUCUUAUACAUCGACCAACAGCUGGUGAAAUUAUGGAUCAAAGGCGACGUAUACGCAUGGCUUUGGAUGUGGCAAAGGGUAUCAAUUAUCUUCAUUGUCUUAAUCCUCCAAUCGUUCACUGGGAUCUCAAAUGUCCAAACUUAUUGGUCGAUAAAAACUGGACUGUCAAGGUUUGUGAUUUUGGGUUAUCCAGAUUUAAAGCAAAUACUUUCAUAUCAUCAAAAUCUGUUGCAGGAACACCUGAAUGGAUGGCCCCUGAAUUCCUGCGUGGUGAGCCCUCGAAUGAAAAAUCUGAUGUUUACAGUUUCGGUGUCAUCUUGUGGGAGCUCGUCACCAUGUAGCAGCCAUGGAACGGACUCAGCCCUGCCCAGGUUGUGGGAGCAGUGGCUUUCCAGAACAGGAAACUAACGAUACCCAUCAACACCCCUCCGGCAUUAACUUCACUCAUGGAAUCAUGUUGGGCCGAUGAUCCUGCUCAACGCCCAACUUUUAAGAGCAUUGUUAACUCUUUAAAGAAGUUGCUCAAGUCUCCAGCACAAAUGGGACCUCCAUGAAUUCACGACUACAUUUACAUUCUCUUCUCUUCUCAUUUUUCUUUUUUUCUGACAUUUUCAUAUAUACCAAACUACCUGAACCUGCAAAUGGUUCUAUAAACAUCUAGAUAAACUAUCAUAAAUCGAAACAUCCUCAAGGGAUCAACUAAAAUAUGUAAAACUUAAAAGGGCUAGCUUCAGGUUUAUGGACCUAGCUAGCUAAGUAAUCCAUAUAAGUUUCUUAA